AUGGCCGAAAGAGGAACAUUUAGCAGAGGAAGAGGUGGAGGCGGUGGUGGAGGAAGAGGUAGAGGAGGAGCAGGUGGUGGUGGAAGAGGCAGAGGAGGAGCAGGAGGCUUUGGAAGAGGUGGCGGUGGUGGUGGAAGAGGUGGAGGUAGCUCUGGCAACUAUUCAGUCGCAACAAACACCAGAUGUUAUAACUGUCAAGGAGAGGGUCAUCUUUCAAAGGAUUGUACAGAGAAGAAGGUCGAGCAGAAGUGUUUCAACUGUGAGCAAUAUGGACAUGUUUCCAAGGACUGCGUCAAUGAUAAGGUGGAGCAACAAUGUCAUACUUGUGGAGAGUUUGGACAUGUAACAAAGACAUGCAAGAACAAAGACAAGGAUCAAGAGUGCUACGAAUGCAAUCAGUUUGGACAUAUUUCAAGGAAUUGUCCAAACAAACAAGGUGGAUACACCAGCAACAGGAAUGGCGGAGGACGUGACAUGUCAAAUGGUCGUGGUGAAGGUGGAUACAAUAACUAUAGAGACAACAACAACAACAGGGAUAACAACAAAUCAUGGGAUAACUCUUGGGAUAACUCAAAGAACAACAACAACAGGGACAACAAAAGGGAUAACAACAACUCUAGAUCAUCAAAUACAACAAGAACAAACACACCAGCCAACAACAAGCGUAAAUCAGCUGAUGACCUGGACGACAAUGAUAUUACAACAUUUGACGACUCUGGUGAUGAGGCCACUGUAAAGAAACAAAAGGUGGAUCAUAAUGAGGAUGAUACACCAGUAGUUGGCAAGGAGACAGCAAAUGGCGAUAACUAUGACAAUGAUGAUGAGGAGAACAAGCCAAAGAAGAAGUCCAAGCAAAAGAAUGCUGGUGAUCUAAAGUCUGACAUCAACACAACCUCUGCAGAAAGCCAGUCAAUCUAUCUCACCAAGAAGUAUCGUCAAGAGUUGAAGGUCACUGAUCUGGAAGCCAAGGUCUUCAAACCCGAGUACUUUAUUGAAGCUGGCGAUGAUAUUAGUGAACUACCAGAGUUGUUGAGAAAGUUACAUCCAACUUUGGAUGCUCUGCCAGACAAGAGAAAGAUGGAACUUAAGCCUGGCGCACCACUCGUCACCAUCGUGACAUGCUCCGCCACCAGAGCCAUUGGUAUUGGAAAGGUACUGAAUGACUUUAAUCAAACAUCAAGAGUUGGACUUUACUUUGCCAAGCAUAAGAAGAUCGAGGAGCAUAUAGAGAUACUGAAGCAAUAUCCAGUGCGUAUCAUUGUUGGCACUCCAAACCGUUUGGCCAAGCUGGCAGAGGAGAAUCAUCUCAACUUGGAGGGACCAACAUACGUCCCCAAUGAGAAGCCAAAGAAGAAGCCAUCGGCCAAGGACUUGGAGCAGGAAUCAAUGCGUUGGGUGCUGAUCGACUCUUCAUUCAGGACUGGCAACAACCACGACAUCUUUAGAGUGUGUCCAGAGGAUCUGUUCGAGUUCCUCAACACUGCUUGCUUGCCAAAGUUGGAGCAAGGUACAAUGAAGUUGGCGCUGAUAUAG